AUGACAUCGUCCAAUACCGCCUUGUUCUCCUCACAUCCACCCGAGACUCAGGUCCUCCUCCAUUCGUCCCUUCGUUAUGCCCAACUCGCCUCGAUGAUCGUACCUCCCAUAUACUUAGUUAGAACCUUGGUGUUGAGAAGAAGACCGUUCAGUGUCAGAGGUCUGAUGCAUACCUCGAUACUUGGAACUGGAGUUGGUGCUGUGGCUGGAGCGGGAUUAGGGUAUGGGGAAAGUGCUGUGAGAGAUAGGUUAAUUAGGAUAAAAGCAGAUACCCAACAGACUCGAUCGAACGAUUACUCUAUAAUAUCGGCAACACUCUCAGCAAUGUUGAUACCCGCUUUGUUCCUCCGAAGAGCACCUUUACCAUCUUUGAUACUUGGUGGUGCAUCUAUAGGAUUGGGUGUGGGCGUAUGGGCACAUCUGGGUGAGAGGUUAGGAAAAGGUCAGAAAGUGAAGGUGGAAGAUGUGACCGGUGAAGUGCCUGGUGUGGGUGAUGUAGUGAAGAAGACUUAG